AAUGCCUCUGUCAGAAGGAUUUUUUUUCCCUCUGAAGCAUGACAACAUCAUAAAUCUCAUUGUUGGAAAGGAAAGGAAGGGAGAGUGGAAUUGCGAAGAAAAGCGGAAAAGGGUGGUCUUGUGGGAUAGCAAAGCCUUUGGGAAGUGCAGGUAGCAGCAUGUUGCCUUAACAGCUGUCUCAGCUUCUCAGACUCUGUCAGUUUGUUGCUAUGUAGCAGGUGCAGCCUUUUCUUUUAUUGAAUCUUUACUCCAUAAAGGCAACGACAAGCCAAGGCAGUGGCUAGCCCUGGAUUAUACAAGUGCAGACUCUCCACUAAGUGAGCUGGAACACACAGAUAAACACGUAGACUCAAGUGCCCACAUGAUCACCACAGCAAGAGUACCUGCUGAUAAGCCAGUCCGAAUUGCCUUCAGUCUAAAUGACUCCCCAGAUGAUGCUCCUCCAGAAAACACCUUUCCUUUGGCUUUUCCAGAACUAGAACAGCAACUUCAGCCUCUGCCUCCUUGCCAUGACUCUACGGAAUCUAUGGAGGUGUUCAAACAGCACUGCCAAAUAGCAGAAGAAUAUCAUGAGGUCAAAAAGGAAAUUGCACUGCUGGAAGAAAGAAAAAAGGAGCUGAUUGCCAGACUGGAACAGGCAGAAAAGGAGAGCAUGGAUGCUGCUCAGCUGACUAAGGAAUAUGCAGAACUGACAGAGGAGAAUCGGACAUUGAAACUGGCUCAGACGCAGUGUGCAGAGCAACUGGAAAAGCUUAGAAUACAAUACCAAAAGAGACAGGGCUCUUCAUAACUCUCAACUAGCCA